AUGGGCGACGAACCUCGCUCCCUCAAAGCCGUCUUCGCGGAUGCCGAAGCCAAGCGCCUCGCCCUCGAUGGCUCACAGUUGCCCCAAAACUCUCCAGAAUACCAAGCCACGGUGUCCUCGGCUGUGAAACUGUACCAAGAGUGUCUCAGUUUGAUCGAUGCCCUCUCCCUCUUCAGCCCGAACGAGUCGCUUGAGGACCUGUCGACCACAGACCUCCCAUUCCUCCUUACGAACUUUCAUCUCGCCGAACUCACCCAGAAACUUUCUUCUCCGUCACCCCAAGAACACGUCCAGGAACGCAAGAGCCUACUUGCAUCUGCCCGUGAGGCCUACGAGCGCUACCUACACCUCCUCGACAACUACGGUCUCCUUCAAACCGCCCACCAGAAACUCUUCAAACAGUACACCGAGGCGCCCACCGCCUUUAGCACCGUACCCACCUCGAACCCAGCCGCUCGCCGGGAUGCCAAGAUCGCCAAUCUCAAAACCGAGAAGGAGCUUCGCGCCAAGCUCGAGUUUCUCCGCCGUCGCCCAGACUAUGGAACCGAGGACGACCAUAAAGGAGGCACCACCGGUGGCGGGGACGAAGCUGCCGUCCGUGAGGUGCACCUCGCCAAUCUCCAAUACAGCACGCACAUAGCCUUCCAGGCUCUCGACGGUCUCAAUCGAGAGUGCGAGAUCCUCGCGCUGGCACCCCCCAACCCAAGCUUGCGCGGCGGGCUCAAUGUAUGGGAAGAGGAAGAUACGCGCCGACGCCAGAGGUACGGUGGGUUGGGCGACACUAAGAAGCCCGACUACAGCGAGCGGUUGGACCGGCCGCUGCGCGCGUCGCAGGGGCUGCCCGGGGGACCGCUGCUGUCAAAAGAGGGAAAGCCGCUGCAGCCGUUUACGCUCCUGAAUAACCGGCAGGAGCUGGCCAGGGGUGUGUUUAGACCUGGACACAACCUGCCAACCAUGACAAUCGACGAGUACCUGGAGGAGGAGCGGCGGCGGGGCGGAAUCAUCGAGGGCGGUGGCGAGGCGAGCUGGCAUCGGCCGGAACCGGAUGAGGAUGACAUUGAGAAGGCGGAUGAGGAGACGAUGAAGGCGCGGGCAUGGGAUGAGUUUGUCGAGGCGAAUCCCAAAGGGAGCGGAAAUACCUUGAAUAGGGGCUAG